CUUCCUUGGGUUCUUGUCUUUCCAUUCAUUAGGUUUUCCAGCAUUGAAGAUCGGAACUCCGGCAGAAGCCCAUGGACGGAGAUGAGGAGGACCACGUCUUCUAUGGCACACCGAUCGAGCGAGAAGAGGAUACCUCCACUCGCAAGCGCAAGGCGGCCGCCGACGCGGGCCAGCUCCGCUCCCUCCCCGUUUGGAAGCAAGAGGUGCGAGAUGAGGAAGGUCGUAGAAGAUUUCACGGUGCUUUUACUGGAGGGUUCUCUGCUGGCUAUUACAACACUGUUGGCUCAAAAGAGGGAUGGACUCCGCAGACAUUUACUUCAUCACGGAAGAACAGAGCUGAAUUUAAACAGCAGAGUAUAUACCAAUUUCUAGAUGAUGAUGAGAUAAAGGACAUGGGAGGUCAUGCUUUAGAGACAUCUACGCGGUUUGACACUUUUGGAUUCACUGCAGCAGAAUAUGCUCGGACACAAGCAGAAAAGGAACAGGAGAAGAGGCCAUCUGCUAUUCCUGGACCUGCUCCUGAUGACAUUGUUCUUCCAGCGGCAGAUUCCAUUGGUAUGAAGUUGUUGCAGAAAAUGGGAUGGCGACGUGGACAUUCAAUUAGGGAGACCAAAGCUGAUUCACUAUAUGAUGCACGCAGGGAAGCUAGGAAAGCACUCAUUGCAUUUUCUAGCGCUGCUGGUGAACCAGAUCUUGCCCAAAUUGAAUCAAGCUUAUCUGGAAAUGAUGAGUUAACUGAAAGAUCCAAUGAUGACAUUUACAGUUCUGGGAGCACACCUGUAUAUGUACUCAACCCAAAGCAGGACGUGUUUGGGUUGGGUUAUGAUCCAUUCAAGCAUGCUACUGAAUUCAGAGAUAGGAAAGAGUUACAUGAAGCUAGAAGAAAAGAUCAGGAUAAUAGAAAAGGUUUUCCGAUGAGGAAGAGUCUUUUUGCUUCUAACUCAGGAAAAUAUGCACCAGGCUUUGGAAUUGGGGCACUUGAGGAACUUGAUGUUGAGGAUGAAGACAUCUAUGCAUCUGGCACUGCCUUAGGUUACGCCUUGGAGGAAACUGAAGUUGAAGAAAAGGAGCCAGCAAAAGUAACCCAAAAUAACAAUAAACUGGAAUAUAGAAAACAAGGUGUUAUUUCUGGUUUUAAAGUUGCAUCAAACCCAGAUUACAAUGUGGAGAGCAGAUUCCGUCCUCCUGUUAUUCCACAGGACUUUGAGCCAGUUCACAAGUUUUCCUCUCCUCCUGAUCCUGCAAGCAAGUUUGCUGAAGCUCUUCCUCCAGAAGUUCCUCCUCCUGAAGACAGCAAUUUGAAACUGUUGAUAGAUGGGCUUGCAACUCUGGUUGCUCGUUGUGGUAAAUUAUUUGAGGAUCUUUCCAAAGAAAAGAAUAAGUCCAACCCCCUAUUUUCUUUUAUUACGGGAGGAAAUGGCCAUAGUUAUUAUUUACGGAAGUUGUGGGAGGAAAAACAAAAACAUGGUGAUCAGCAAAAGCAAAUGGACACGAAAUCUAUGCCAUCUGUCCCGAAGCUGACAGCUGAGAGUCGUGGACGAAUUUUAGGUGAAAGGCCUCUGGAGAAAAGCACUGAAUCCAGCUCAUCCGUUGCCCCCAAAGAAAUCAUUCAUCUUCAAUCCAAUCUUUCAGAUACUUUCACUAAACCAGCAUCUCUUCAACAGGCUCAGCCAUCUGAAUCUGAGAAACCGUUCAAAAGUGAUCCUGCAAAACAAAAAAGAUUUGAGCUGUUUCUUAAGGAUAAAUAUCAAGGUGGUCUCCGCUCCACACAUUCUUCAGGUACCAAUGGGAUGUCUGAAACUGAUCGAGCUCGUGAAAGACUGGACUUUGAGGCUGCAGCAGAAGCAAUUGAGAAAGGGAAGAACAAACAAACUAAUAAUCAAUCAGUUGAGCAGUUUCUGGAGCUGGCCAGAAGUGGGGAUCUGCACUUCAUCCCUUCCCUUGGAACAGAGAAAGACCAAAGUUCUCAUGAUGAGGAAAAGACCAAAAUUUACCCCAAGAGGGAGGAAUUUCAAUGGCGACCUUCACCCAUUCUUUGCAAGCGAUUUGAUAUCAUUGAUCCUUUUAUGGGAAAGCCACCUCCCCUUCCUAGAGCAAGAAGCAGGAUGGAGAGCCUCAUUUUCACCCCAGAUUCUGCCAAGAGUGUUCAACCUGCAAAAACUGAGGCUGCAGAGAGAGAUGCAUUGCCUAUAUCUCAACCAAAGAUUCAAGAGGAAACCAAGCUUAAUGCAGAGGAGGCUGAUAAUGAGUUAAAUCUAGCAAAUGUUGAGAGGCCAGUUGAUCUAUAUAAGGCUAUCUUCUCUGAUGAUUCAGAUGAUGAAGGGGAUUUUGCUAGUCUUAAUAAUGUAGAUCAAGAAAAGAAGGCUGAAGGUGCUAACAUGACUCUAAACCGUCUGGUAGCUGGGGAUUUUCUGGAGUCUCUUGGGAAAGAGCUAGGACUGGGAGUUCCUUCAGAUACAAAUGAUGGACAAUACAAGGCCAACUUGGAAACUGGUGGUGAUGGUAACAAUAACAUAUCUUCAAAGAAUGAAAGAUCUGGUUUAGGACAUCAAUCGUCCAACAUGCUUUGGGAAAAUAAAGAACCCACAGUUAGUAAAUCAAGUUCUCUAGAGAAUGCCAUGGGAAAUGUUUCUUCAGGUGCACAACAUGACAUGAUUGACAAAAGGGCUGUUCCUCUUGAAGGAGAUGUGCUUGGUAAUACUGAUUCACGAAGAAGUAACAGAAGCAUUAGUUCCAGUGGAAGAACCAUCUAUUCUGAUCACCAGGAAGGUGAGGAUCCAUCAGAGGAAAAAGAUCACCGAGCUAACAGGCAUAAAAUCCGGUCACAACAUCGUCGAAGGAGUAGGAGUUCAGAUUCUGAUUCUUCCAGUGAUAGUCAACAACGUGUUCGUUCAAGGUCGAAAUCGGACAAAAGGUCUUCUGGAGGAGAAAGUAGAAAACAUUCCAAAAAUCACAGGCACAAAAGGAGAAGAUCUAGGUCGAGAUAUUCUAGCCAUGAUGAUGACAGAGAUCAAAAGGAUGAUCACAGGAGAAAGGAUAAGAGACACAGGGAUGGAGCAAGUGAUACCACUUACUCCAAACAUGAUGACUACAGAAAGUACCGCUGAAUCGGUCCUGAUGGGAAGGUUUUGUUCAUUCAUUCUGUGUUGAGAAAUCUUAGGAUUGUAAAAGUGACAUGUUUCUAUAUUAGUUUCAUCAGGUAAUGUUUUAAGAUCAAACUUGGUAAUGGAAUUGAGAUGCAUGCACAUUUAGCCA